ACACUUCGCUCAGUAGUAGAACAUCUCUGGGACUGGCCGGUGCGUGUUUGCUUAGGGAAAAGUUUCGCGGUAUUUUACGUUCUAUUGAUAUUUAAAACUUUCAUUAGAAGAUUUUUUAUUUAGAAAGUUUCAGAGAACUUACAUAGAAUUUAGUGAUUUAUUUAAAACAUUACAGAGCUUUUUGUAUAGUUUAUUUAGUAAAUAGGAAGUUUUAUAUGUGUUGUGUGUGGUGUGUGAUGGUGCAGCGAUGAGGUUGAGCUGGGGGCUGCUGGUGGUGCUGGCGGCGGUUGUCGCCGGCAAGGGCAAGAAGCACAAGCAUCACAAGCCUGGUCGUGCCGUGCUGGACCGCUUGAGCAGCACUACGCUAAGCGAGGUGCCAGGAGGCGGUACCGCGGACGGUGGCUUGCUGCCGGCACCGCUCGACGCCGCUGCCUACUCGACUGUCUUUGCUAAUGCUACUUGCGGCGACAAUGGACCCGAGGAUUACUGCCGAGAUACACCGGGAAAACGGGGUUUAGUGUGCGACGUCUGCGAGGGUGUCGAUGGAUCACCGGCGCGGCGGCACCAGGCGGCUCUCGCGCUAGAUGGAGACCCCGCCACCUGGUGGCAGAGCCCUACACUCGCUGGCGGCGAGGAGUUCAGCCAUGUCGAGCUUAUCGCAACGUUGCCUGCUAAAAUGGAACUCUUGCAUGUCAUCAUAAAGUCCGGACCAUCGCCGAGACCAUUAGCCUGGUCUUUAGAGAUAUCUCCAACAGAAGAGGGUGAGGAGUGGAACUUAAUACGGGCGUUUGGAGACCGGGAGCACUGCAAGAGGCUGUGGGAUCUGAGGCCAGAGCGAAGGAGGAGAAAAGUCAGAGGGACUAAGAGGAUGAACAGAUCGGACAAGCCAACGUGUUCUACGCAAUUCGCGAGUCCACGGCCGCUAGAAAACGGAGAGAUGCAUGUGGGCAUGGGCGAGGGCGUAGUGGCACGACGCGUGCGUGUAUCGUUACGGGCCACGCACGCUGCGCCUACGCGGCAGCAGUACUACACGGUGCGCGAGCUCACCCUGGCCGCCCGAUGUCUAUGCCACGGACACGCCGACCACUGUAACGUCGAUAUUGAGGGUGCGCAGUGUGUUUGCUCGCACGGCGCGUGCGGUGUACAUUGCGAGAGGUGCUGUGCAGGCGGUGCGUGGCGGCCGAGCGUGUCGUGUGAUAUGCUCGCCGAGCCCUCCGCCACGGACUGCUCGUGCGGUCAGCGCGGAAACUGUUCCUACGACGAUACUGGAGCUAUACUCUGUGUUAAUUGCACGGACAAUCGUGCUGGGCCGCUGUGCGAUCGAUGCUUGCCGGGUUACUACAGCGCGCUGCCCGACGGACCCUGCGUGCUCUGCGAGUGCGACCCAGAGGGCUCCGAUGGGUCGUGUGAGUGGGACAAGAAGCUGCACCGCGCAAUAUGCAGGUGUCACCCUGGCUAUAGGGGAGCGCAGUGCGAUGCUUGCAUGGACCCCGAGGCCGCCUUUCCCGGCUGUGCGGUGGAGGUAACCACACCCGCCUGCAAAUGUGACCCUAGGGGUAUCGUCGACCCCACACGCAUCUGUGACGAAGUUUGCAACUGUAAAGCGAACGUGAUAGGUGAGCGAUGCGACACGUGUGCGGCUGGACACUACGGACUGAGCGCGGCACUUGCAGCAGGCUGCCGGCCCUGCUACUGCUCGCACGUCGCCGACACCUGCGGCGCGGACAGGGAGCCCGGCCGGGACAUGGUGCUGCCCCUCGGAGAUGCUUGGCUCAUCAGUGAUCUGGAUGCAAAGGAGACUUACGAACCCUCAGUCGAUGAGCAGGGUAGACCAUUCCUUAUUAGUUAUGAAAUAGAAGGUUGGGAGAACUACUACUGGUUGACAAACACAUUCAAUGGAGAGCAACUAUCGGCGUAUGGCGGAGAAAUCAGAUCCAGUAUAUUUUGGGGAGUGGCACGCGGCGACACUGGAGGAAGUCCUACUACCGGCCCCGAUGUCAUACUUGUCGCAGCGGAUGGGACUCGAUUGCUGUAUAGCAAUAGCAGCCACGAAGAGCCGGGCCGGCUAGAGCUGACGGCGGCGCUUGUGGAGGGUGGCUGGCGUUCGGAACUGGGCGACAUGGCCACGCGUGCCGACUUACUCGACAUGCUUAGCGACGUGCAUGCUCUCAUGAUCCGAGCGCACUUUCACAACGAUCAGGACGAGGUCCGCAUGGAAGGUGUGGAGGUGCGUGGCGCGGCAGGUGGAGUUCGCGAGCGCUGCGCGUGUCCGCCGGGGUACGCGGGUGCGCACUGUGAGCUCUGCGCGUGGACGCACGCCCGGCUGCGGCGCGCUCCCGGUUCGCGCCCCGCCUUUGAGUGCGUGCCUUGUCCCUGCAACGAACACGCCGGGUGCCGUACAGUCGAUGGACCUUGCGGUCAAUGUCAGCACAACACUACGGGACUGCAUUGUGAACGUUGUUUGCCUGGACACUACGGCAACCCUGUUCAGGGAGCGUGCAAGCCAUGUGCGUGCCCACUGUACCUGCCCUCCAACAACUUCAGCCCCAACUGCGCGCUGGCAUCCGCCGAAGGCGACGAUUUCGUGUGCACGCAAUGUCCUGACGGUUACACUGGAGACCAUUGUGAACUGUGA